AGUUCCCAGAAGUCCUCUGGAGAAGUGCUUCCUCUUCUAACUUGCAGGACCACAAUUCCUACAGAGUUCAGCUUCACGGAGUUUCUCCCUUUACGGGACCUCUUCUGGCGCUGGCUUGGCUUCAGCGAGUCAGUAGGCUCACGACGACGACGUGACCCGUCGUGAUCGGGCACAGGAUCUCCUCAGCUGCCCCUUUCCCCUCGCCUUUCAGUUAUUCCCUUUGCAGGCCGUCGCCACCGGCCUGAGCGGUGACCUGGCGGGCUGCGCCUGCGCUCUGCUCCGUUUCCUGCCUGGCUGGUGGCGGCGGCCAUUUUGUUCAUCCUCCUCCUCCUCCUGCUCCUCCUGGUAGGAGCUCGGUGUCCGGAGCGGGCUGGGGGAAGAGAACCCAAGAACAGGGUUCGGUGCCUUUUCCUCUGUCCCCAGCCGGCGCCCGGAGCCCCCCUCCCCUUCCUCCCCGCCCCCUCCCCUCCCCAGCCCUGCCCUCCCCCCUGUCCCGGGAUCGCUCCGUCGCACCCACCAUGAUGGAAGACGACGGGCAGCCCAGGACUCUAUACGUAGGUAACCUCUCCAGAGACGUGACAGAAGUCCUCAUCCUUCAGCUAUUUAGUCAGAUUGGACCCUGUAAAAGCUGUAAAAUGAUAACAGAGCAUACAAGCAAUGACCCAUAUUGCUUUGUGGAAUUUUAUGAACACAGAGAUGCAGCUGCUGCAUUAGCUGCUAUGAAUGGGAGAAAAAUUUUGGGAAAGGAGGUCAAAGUAAACUGGGCAACAACACCAAGUAGCCAGAAAAAAGAUACUUCCAAUCACUUCCAUGUGUUUGUUGGGGACUUGAGUCCAGAAAUUACAACAGAAGAUAUCAAAUCAGCAUUUGCCCCUUUUGGUAAAAUAUCGGAUGCCCGGGUAGUUAAAGACAUGGCAACCGGAAAAUCCAAAGGCUAUGGUUUUGUAUCUUUUUAUAACAAACUGGAUGCAGAAAAUGCGAUUGUGCAUAUGGGAGGUCAGUGGUUGGGUGGUCGUCAAAUCAGAACCAAUUGGGCCACGCGUAAACCACCUGCACCAAAAAGUACACAAGAAAACAACACUAAGCAGUUGAGAUUUGAAGAUGUCGUAAACCAGUCAAGUCCAAAAAAUUGUACAGUCUACUGUGGAGGAAUUGCUUCCGGGUUAACAGAUCAGCUUAUGAGACAGACAUUCUCACCUUUUGGACAAAUUAUGGAAAUAAGAGUUUUUCCAGAGAAGGGCUAUUCAUUUGUCAGGUUUUCAACCCACGAAAGUGCAGCCCAUGCCAUUGUUUCUGUGAAUGGUACUACGAUUGAAGGACAUGUUGUUAAAUGCUAUUGGGGUAAAGAGUCUCCUGAUAUGACUAAAAACUUCCAACAGGUUGACUACAGCCAGUGGGGCCCGUGGAGCCAGGUUUAUGGAAACCCACAGCAGUAUGGACAGUAUAUGGCAAAUGGGUGGCAAGUGCCACCUUAUGGAGUCUAUGGACAGCCAUGGAGUCAGCAAGGAUUCGGAGUAGAUCAAUCACCUUCUGCUGCUUGGAUGGGUGGAUUUGGUGCUCAGCCUCCCCAAGGACAAGCUCCUCCCCCUGUAAUACCUCCUCCUAACCAAGCUGGAUAUGGUAUGGCAAGUUACCAAACACAGUGAGCCCGGACUCUAAGCGGAAUGUAAUUGACGAUAGGCUUUGGUUUCCUGUGACACUGAAGGCAUGGAAGUAGACAUCGGAGAAAUGAGAAUAUUUAUUUUAAACAUUGAAAUGUUUGGAACCUUUAGCACAGCUUUGCUUUGGGGAAGGACACAUGUCUUCUAGUUCUGCCUUUUUAAGUUUUUGUUCAUGAUGGAUAUGAACAUGAUUUUUCUUUGUGUACAAAA